GAACACUGCAGUUGUCUUUUCCUAACUCCUUCUGAAUUCUCCUUCUCACUUUUCCAUCGAGGUCAAGGAGAAGCGGUUAGGAAAAGACGUUAGGACGUAAUUAUUUGACUUUUCGAACGCAGCCUUGGUGUCUUUUAUUUUGAAGAAGCCGUGGUACCGGAAGUAGUUCCCCUCUCUGAGUCUAACUGGAGCAGCAGAGUCUGCUGGCUGAAGAGGUUUGUCUUCGUGUUUUCGGGUCUUUGUUGUCCCUUUCCCGCCGUUAGUCCUGCUCUUUAUGUCCCGGAGUGAACCAGCAGAGUCCGGGUGUCUGGAUCAACGUGUUUCAGUGGACUUUGUGUGAAUAUUCUGGACGUUUCAGCUCAGAAUCAUCUCUGUUAGCCCAGAAUGCUAACUGGAGUGAUCGCAGCUAACUGGAGAUAGACGAGAGGUAACCUAGCAACAGAGAGACCAGACUGUCUUUAACGGAGUGUCUCUGGAGGACAAGCUGCUGGGAUUCAGUGAAACAUGUCUAAAGUUGAACUGCUGAGAGUUUUUGUGAAGCAGAGACUAACUUUGGCUGCUGAAGAGAUAUUAGAUCUGUUUGAAACAACGAUAGCAGAGUACGAGGAGCAGCUGGAGUUCAGCUCCAAAGAGAAUCAACGAAGACAGAAACUACUGGACGCUGUUUUACACCCGGAAGUCCAGCUACACAGAGCAGACGUCCAGCAGCUGUUGGUGGUUAGAGAAGAGGUUCCCACUGAGAGGCAGGAGUGGAGCCUCCGUCUGGACCAGGAGGACCCAGAGCCCCCACACAUUAAAGAGGAACAAGAGGAACUCUGGACCAGUCAGGAGGGAGAGCAGCUUCAAUGGCUGCAGGAGGCUGAUAUCAAGUUCCCAUUCACCUCUGUCCAUGUGAAGGGUGAAGAAGAUGAUGAAGAGAAACCUCAGUUCUCACAACUUCAUGAGAGACAAUCUGAGGAGAACAGAGAGGCAGAGCAUUUGAUAACAGAAGCUGAUGGAGGAUCAGAACCAGCCAGGAUCUCAGAUCCAGAUAGUCCUUUACAAAUAGCUACUCAUCACAAUACUUCACCCUCCUCUGAACCUGAGACUGAUGACAAUAGAUAUUGGGAGGAGACUAAAGAACCUCAGUCAGGUUCAAACCCUCUGCAAAACAAUGAAGUAUCUGUAAGUGAUAUGGAAUGUAAUCCUGGAAAAACUUUCAGCUGCUCAGUUUGUAAAACAGGUUUCAGUUGUAGUAACCUUUUGGUUAGACACAUGAGAAGCCAUACUGAGGACAAACCAUUUAGUUGUUCAGAUUGUGGUAAAAGAUUCAGACUAAAGUACUCUCUGAAACAACACUUGACUGUUCACACAGGGGAGAAACCAUUUAGCUGUUCAAUUUGUGGAAAGAGAUUUGCAUUUAAGGGAGAUCUGAGACGACACUUGACUGUCCACACGGGGGAGAAACCAUUUUGUUGUUCAAUUUGUGGAAAGAGAUUUGCACAAAAGGAACAUAUGAAACGACACUUGAUGGUCCACACAGGGGAGAAACCAAUUGCUUGCAGCAUUUGCAAUAAAAGAUUCACUCUGCUCCAUAAUGCCAAAAAACACAAGUGUGUUGGCGAAAGCAGCAAAACGAAGUGAAGCUGCAGAGAUGCUUGUUGAAUCAUUUAACAUUAUUCCAGCAGGUGUGAAGUAUUGAUGACAAGACUUGGUUCAACACAGAUCAACUAAAAACGGACAGACUGUCCAGCCAAGAUGAAGCUACAUAAUCAAUUUAAUUCUGUUUUUUAUUUGUCUAUAUACAUUAUUUUUUAUGUUUUCUAGUUACUGUGCUUUUUGGUAUUAAACGUGUUCAUUGAUUAAACUUGUUUGUAAUUGUCAAAAAUGAUUUUAUGUCCCCUAUACAUCACUAUGAUAAACAUUUGUGUGUCCUGCAUUCAGAAGUGCUGCAACAUAGUUUAAUAAAACUAACAUCAAAAUGUG